AUGGAGAGUUCAACUUCUGCAAUGUCCCAGACAAGGUGCAGGAGCGUCAAUAACAUGACCAACAAGGAAAACCCAACCAACGUCGAUGAAGAUAUUGCUACUAUUUGUUUUGGCAGUUUGUGUUUAAGCCGCAACAGCAAUGCCUCGACUGAUGCUGCUUCUUCUCCAUCUCCUCCUGUUCCCGAUUCUUCAGGAAAACUGCAAGGAACUCAAGCUGUCAACGAGGCAAGAAAAGGGUUGUCUUCAAAUUUUGAUAAUUUGCGGGCUAUUCAGGAAUUCUUCCCUGGUGGAACAGAAUGGCCAUUAUCAGGUUCGGUUCCUCGGAAAAAUAUCUGGGCAUGUCAUAGUUUGUACAAUAGAGAACAGAAUCCAGCGAAAAAUAGGAUCAAUGGCCAAGGAAAUUCAGUGACUUCUCUGAGUUAUGCGCAUGUGAAUUAUGUACAAGAUAAUUCUUAUGGAAGCCUAGGAGAUCAAACAAGAUUCAAUCUUUUCCAUGAGAAUUCGCCAUUGUAUCGUUCACCAAAUCAGUUUGGUGGCUCAUGCAAUAUGGGAGAUAAUGGGUUGAAUGGUACAGGGAAUUUCAGGCCAGUGACGGAGAAUCAGUUUUCAGGAAAUAUAGGUAGUGGGUACAACAAUAGGAUGGGUGGUUAUAAGGGCGGGUUCGGAGCAAUUGAAAAGGAUUCUUCGACAGGGAAACUCUUGGUAUACACAAGAAACAUUCAAAGCUGUUUUUCCCACAUUUUUCAACUGAUGAACGACUCCAACGGACAUGUUAUCUUUGACACCCUGGUUGACAAAUGUGAAAGUUGUCAGCUAUGUGCAAUCGUGAUGAAGUUUCAGUGGGAAACUGACUUGUUUCUGGAUUCAACGUUCAAUGAUAUUGCGUCAAGGUCAAUUCAGAGGCUAAUCAAGAAGCUCAAAAAGACAGGAUUGGAAUCCAUCAUUACAGCAAUGCUAUCCAGAAGAUGCUUGGAACUCAUGACUCACAAGACAGCCUCUCAUGUCAUCCAACAUUCUUUCACGUACUUGGGAGAUGAAGCUAAUGUGGUGUUGUAUGACCACAUAUUAUCCUAUUUCCUGCUAUUAGCCACGGAUCGUGUCGGGUGCAUAACAGUUAAUGUUUGCAUCGAUAGCAUUACUGGUCCGAGAAGAGCAGCUCUUCUCAAGCUGGUGGCAGACAAUGCAAGUUGCCUGUCAAAUGAUCCUUCAGGAAACUAUGUUCUGCAGCGUGUUCUCGGACUAAAAGUUGAUCCUCUAACACAGCAAAUUUGCUAUAGUCUUAGAGGCCAAUAUGUGGAGCUGGCUCAGAGGAAAAGUGGUAGUCGUGUAGUCGAAAAAUGCUUGGAAUCAUCCGAACUUGGGCUCUCUCUUGUGAUUAAAGAAAUUUUCAACAAUGACAAAACACUUUCACUGCUGGCUCGAGAUCAAUUUGGGAACUAUGUGAUCCAGACAGCUUUAAGAAUUGCAAAGCUUCACGCUAGACAUCUGUAUGAAUCCAUGGUUGAAGCCCUGAAGCCACACUAUGCCAACCUGAUGAAUAAACCAGGGGGAAGAUAUGUAAGCAACUUGAUCAAAGCUGACCUUGAAGGGCAGCAGAGUGCAAAAUCUGACCAGUGA